GCCCCAAAUGCUGCUGGAGGACCUGGAGGGGAUUUCAGCAGAGCCCUGGUCCCUCUUCCACAAUGUGGCUUCUCCUUAUCUCCUUCCUGCUCACAUCUGCAGCGGCCCAGGACGACAAUGGCGAGAUGCUGGAAGGGGAGGAGUGUGUGCCCCACUCCCAGCCAUGGCAAGUGGCCCUCUUCGAACGCGGACGCUUUAACUGCGGUGCUUCCCUCAUCGCUCCACACUGGGUGCUGUCUGCAGCCCACUGCCAAACCCGUAACAUGAGAGUGCGCCUGGGCGAGCACAAUCUGCGCAAACGCGAUGGCUCAGAGCAACUGAGGACUGUUUCUCGAGUCAUCCCACAUCCGCGCUAUGAAGGGCGCAGCCAUCGCCACGACGUCAUGUUGGUGCGUCUAACCCGGCCCGCGCGCCUCUCCCCACAAGUGCGCCCGGUGGCGCUGCCCAUGCGUUGCCCCCAACCCGGUGAGGUCUGUGUGGUGUCUGGCUGGGGCCUGGUGUCUAACGGUGAGCCUGAGACAACAGGAAGACCAGUGUCACAAGUGUAUCUCCCAGAUACAUUGCAUUGUGCCAACAUCAGCAUUAUCUCCGCCUCAUCUUGUAAGAAGUACUACCCAGGGCACCUGAUGAAUACCAUGGUGUGUGCAGGUGUGGAAGGCGGAGGCACGGACUCCUGUGAGGGUGACUCCGGGGGACCUCUGGUCUGUGGGGGCAUCCUGCAGGGCAUUGUGUCCUGGGGUGACGUCCCCUGUGACACUACUACCAAGCCUGGUGUCUACACCAAAGUCUGCAGCUACUUGGAGUGGAUCAGGGACACCAUGAAGAGGAACUGA